AUGUUACACAACCUUUCCAACACAUUCCAGAAAAACUCAGAUUUCCAGGUUGCAUUCAAAUGCAAAUCAACUGGAUUUUGUGACAGCAAAGAAAGUGCUGUCAUAAGUGAAUCUAAGUGUAUCAAAGAAACUUUUCUGUGUCCAUCCUGUCCAGCAAACAGGAAGCACCGUGUCAACACAGAAGAUAUAACGAAAUAUUGGAAACAGAUAAAACCAAGUAUUUCCAGUACGACGAGUGCUUCUGGUCAAGACUUGGGGGGUCGAUCUAGAUUUGCCAAACUUGGAAUGGCAACAAACGAUGUGCUGAGUCAGGUAUACCGAGAUAUACUAGAGAUGGAGGUUCUCCCUUCCCUUGUUUACACCAAAGUGAAAGCUUUACCAAAUUUUUACAAAAGAUUGCGCCCAGAACAAGAAAAACUCCUGAUAGAUGCAAAACAUUCGGGAUAUAAGAAUUUUGAUAUUUCAUUAACAUACACAUUGAUCAGAAACAUUUGUUCAACGACUAAGAUUCCUAAACCAACAAAACGAAAAUGGGGAGGAGAGCCAGCAGCAGGAGAAGUGACCGUGGGUGACGAUAUCGAGAGAAUUAGGUCAAUCCGGAACGGUUUGACUGCACAUGUGAGUUCAGCCUCAACCCCUCAGAAAGAAUUCGAUGAUACCUGGUUAUUGAUGUCAGAUAUCUGCAAAAGACUUGAAACCUUCACUGGAAAGAAGUACUUGGAUAAACUUAAUAACAUUCAAAAACUGACUCUGAAAGAGGAAGAUGAAAAUGAUAUUAUUGAAAAGGUUAAAAUGGAAAGUCAGCAUGAAAUGGUGAAAGAAAUGUGGUCAGAUGUGAAAGAGCUUAAAGAAGCAGUAUUGAGGUCUGAGGCAAAGCAUGCUUCAAAUUAUGAAUAUUAUUCAUAGAAUGCUAUGGUCAG